AAGAAGCUUUAUGAAUAAUUUAAUGUAAGACAGUAAGAGACAACAAAAUGGAUUGGACAUAGAAUGAUGGUGCGCAUAUUUCCGGUUCUAGUACCAGCUCUGGAGAGAUUACAUGAGGGCCUAGAUAUAUCCCUUAUGGAUUCUAAGGGGCUGAAACAGAAGAACCGAAAGGAACCGAAGAAACGCCCAGUCCAAUCUAUAAUGAUGGAAGCCAUUCAAAAAUGUGGGUUAACCUUUCUUGUAUGUGCCACAUCGUGGACAAGUUACUUGAGCUUAAUCUCAGGAGAUGGAAUAUGAGGUCCACUUCCAUUUACGUCUUGGCUUCAAGAUGGAAAAAGGUCGUCUCCGAUAACACUCUAAUUGAAGGCCAGAGGAUUCGGCUCUGGUCCUUCCACUCCCUAGCCAAGCUAUAUAUUGCUCUUGUUCCUCUGGAUCCAGCUCCAGCUCCAACUCUGGCUAUCCUUCUGGCUCCAGCUCCAACUCCAUCUUCGCCUCCGGUUGUUACUAGAGAUUCUGACGAGCUAUAUAUAUCUCAUGCUGAUGCUCAAGAAGAGGGUGACAGAAUACUUCCAGUUCAUGCAGAUAAUGAUUGGGAGUGCCUAAAUUUAUUGGCUAAAGUGUCCGAGGAGACGACUUGUCUCGAGGUUUCACAAGAGGCAAAUAGGAGGAGCUCACUAGUCUCGGACACAGAGCUGGACCUCGAGCUCCGGUUGUCACUUCCUGGCAAAAACAGCUAUGUUAUGUGAUUAGUUUCUCUUGGUUUUUUGGUUUUUUUUAUGCCUUGCAAGUAGUUUUCUUCAGACUCUCGAAGAUGGUUUUUUAGGAUUUUUGUUCUUUUUAUCUAGGUGUUAUUUUAUUUUUUGGUCUUUUAAACUCAAUUUUCUGAGUACUGGUUUUUAGUUAAUGGUCUUAGUGU